UUUGCUUCGAGUUAUGGUCGGGGCGGGGGUCUGGGCUUCAGGCAGUUAGUGGGACUGGCGGCGGGAGUUCCAUGCAGGGACAUGGGAGGCACAGGGAACUUGUGGGCGGCACGGCCUGAGGAGGGGGAGGUGACGGGCCGCCCAGGUCGGCCUCGGGACGCGGCUUCUGGCGUCGGGUCCGUGGUCCCCGGCCGCGAGGACCUCCCCUCCUCGCGCCCCUGGACCCCGUGGUGACUUGGAGGGUUUGAGGGCCCGGUCUCGGCCAGAAGUGGGAGAGGCAGAAAUCCAGACCACGAGCUCGAGGGUAAUAUUUAGUUUCACAAUGUUUGGGGACCUGUUUGAAGAGGAUUAUUCCAGUGUGUCAAAUAAUCAGUAUGGAAAAGGGAAGAAAUUAAAGACCAAAGCUUUGGAGCCACCUGCUCCUAGAGAAUUCACCAAUUUAAGUGGAAUCAGAAAUCAGGGUGGAACCUGUUACCUCAAUUCCCUUCUUCAGACUCUUCAUUUUACACCUGAAUUCAGAGAAGCUUUGUUUUCUCUUGACCCAGAAGAGCUUGGUUCUUUAGAGGAAAAGGAUAAACCUGAUGCAAAGGUUCGAAUCAUACCUUUACAGUUACAGCGGUUGUUUGCUCAGCUUCUGCUCGUGGACCAGGAAGCUGCCUCCACAGCAGACCUCACUGACAGCUUUGGGUGGACCAGCAAUGAGGAAAUGAGGCAACAUGAUGUGCAGGAACUGAAUCGAAUUCUCUUUAGUGCUUUGGAAACUUCUUUAGUUGGGACCUCCGGCCAUGACCUCAUCAGUCGUCUGUAUCACGGAACCAUUGUUAACCAGAUUGUUUGUAAAGAAUGUAAGAAUGUCAGUGAAAAGCAGGAAGACUUCUUAGAUCUAACAGUGGCGGUCAAAAACGUAUCAGGUUUAGAAGAUGCACUCUGGAACAUGUAUGUGGAAGAGGAAGUUUUUGACUAUGACAACUUAUACCACUGUGGAACUUGUGACAGGCUGGUGAACGCAGCAAAGUCGGCCAAAUUACGUAAGCUGCCUCCCUUUCUUACGGUUUCAUUAUUAAGAUUUAAUUUUGAUUUUGUGAAGUGCGAACGAUAUAAGGAAACCAGCUGUUAUACGUUCCCGCUCCAGAUCAAUCUCAAGCCUUUUUGUGAACAGACUGAACUGGAUGACUUGGAAUACAUGUAUGACCUCUUCUCAGUUAUUAUACACAAAGGUGGUUGCUAUGGAGGACAUUAUCAUGUGUAUAUUAAAGAUGUUGAUCAUUUGGGAAACUGGCAAUUUCAAGAGGAAAAAAGUAAACCAGAUGCGAAUUUGAAAGAUAUUCAGAAUGAAGACAAGAUCGAUGAUCCACUGAUGAUUCUAAAAGCAAUCUUAUUACAGGAGGAAAGUAAUCUAAUUCCUGUUGAUCAGCUGGGCCAGAAACUCUUGAAAAAGAUAGGAAUAUCUUGGAACAAGAAGUUCAGAAAACAGCAUGGACCUCUACGAAAGUUCCUGAAGCUUCAUUCUCAAAUAUUUCUACUCAGUUCAGAUGGAAAUACAGUCAGUCUGUUGAAGAACUGUUCUCUGCAGGCUGAGUCUGGUUUCCAAAGGAGUGAUCAACAAAUUUUCAAGACACUUCCUUCAGAAUCCCCAGGAUUGAAUGAUAGAAGCUCCUGUCCCCACUGGUUUGAUAUAAAUGAUUCCAGAGUCCAGCCCAUCAGGGAGAAAGACAUUGAACAGCAGUUUGAGGGCAAAGAAAGCGCCUACAUGUUGUUUUAUCGGAAAUCCCAGUUGCAGAGGCCCCCCGAAGCUCGAGCUAAUCCAAGAUACAGGGUUCCAUGCCAUUUGCUGAAUGAAAUGGAUGCAGCCAACAUUGAACUGCAAACAAAAAGGGCAGAAUGUGAUUCUACAAAUAAUAAUUUUGAAUUGCAUCUCCACAUGGGCCCUCAUUAUCAUUUCUUCAAUGGAGCUUUGCACCCGGUCUCUCAAACCGAAAGUGUGUGGGAUUUAAUCUUCGAUAAAAGAAAAACUUUAGGAGAUCUUCGACAAUCGAUAUUUCAGCUGUUAGAAUUUUGGGAAGGAGACAUGGUUCUUAGUGUUGCAAAGUUUUUGCCAGCAGGACUUCACGUCUACCAGACGCUUGAUGGAGAUGACCUGGCGCUGUGUGAACUUGACCUUGCUGAUGAGGAAGACAUCUUUGUAUGGAAUGGAGUGGAGGUUGGCGGAGCCCAGAUUCCCACUGGCAGUGACUGUGAACCUCUGCUUUUGAAUGUCCUUCAUCUAGCAACAAGCAGCGAAGGGGAGAAGUGUGAGCACUUGACAGAAUCCACACAUGUCUUCCCGUCUAAUGCAGAAGUAGGCUCUGUGUUCACAGCCUUGGCGAUCCCAGCAGGUGUCGCCUUCGUUGUCAGUGCCGAGCCUGCAGGGGAGGAGCACUGGACCGCCAUCCCCGAGGGAGACCUGAAGAGGACGUUCAAGGAACAGGGUCUCAGAAACGGAAGCUCACUUUUGGUUCAGGAUUCCAGUAAUGAUGACAACAGUUUGCUGACCAAACAAGGGAAAUGGAUCACUAGUGCGAAUGAGAUCAACUGGAUCCAAGUCAAAAAUGUAUGCCAGUCACAAUCUGAAGAGGAGCAAGUGAAAAUACCAGCAACUGUUAACACAGUGGUGUUUGAUAUUCGAAUUAAAGCCAUAAAGGAAUUAAAAUUAAUGAAGGAACUAGCUGAGAACAGCUGUUUGAGACCAUUCGAUAGAAAUGGGAAGCUCCUCUGCCCAGUGCCAGACAGUUACACUUUGAAGGAAGCAGAAUUGAAGAUGGGGAGUUCAUUGGGAUUGUGUCCUGGAAAAGCCCCAACUUCCUCUCAGCUGUUCCUGUUUUUCGCUGUGGGAAGUGACAUUCAACCUGGGACAGAGAUGGAGAUCAUAGUAGAAGAAACCAUAUCUGUAAGAGAUUGCUUAAAGAUAAUGCUGGAGAAAUCUGGCCUAGCAGGAGACAAGUGGCAUUUACGAAAAAUGGAUUGGUGCUAUGAAGCUGGGGAGCCUUUAUGUGAAGAAGGUGCAGCACUGACAGAGCUUACGAUACGUUCUGGAGAUACGCUGCUUUUAAUCGAAGGAAAACUUCCUCCUCUGGGGUUCCUGAAGGUGCCCAUCUGGUGGUACCAGCCUCAGGGCACCUCGGGUCAGUGGAAGAGUCAUCUGGACCAGGCGAACUGCACCCCUUCUCAAGGUGGGGUCUGGAGACCUCCUUCCACCCAAGGUGCUCCUGGUGACACGCACGCAGAAGUUCCCCUCUGCUACUUGGGAGACGUGGACAUCUCAGAAGAAGCCACUUUGGUGGAACUGAAGUCUCAGGCCAUGACCUUGCCCGCCUUCUCGGAGUUUCUCGUCCCAUCCCCAGCCUUCCUCAGAGCCUGGACAGUGGAAAGUAAGCGCCCCGGCAGGCUGUUACGAAUGGACCAGCAGCAGCUCAGGGAAUAUAAACUGGGAAGAAGAACUGAGAUCUGCUUAGAGCCCCUUCAAAAAGGAGAAAACUUAGGCCCACAGGAAGUGCUGCUGCGGACGCAGAUGCGCCUCCCCGGCGUGAGGGCCUACGGCCUGCCCCAGGACCUGGUGUGGGACACUGCCCGAGGCGGCACUGCCGGCACCCUGAGGCAGCGGGUGGCUGAUUUCUAUUCCCUUCCCGUGGAGAAGAUCGAAGUUGCCAAGUACUUUCCUGAGAAGUUCGAGUGGCUCCCCGUGUCUAGCUGGAACCAGCAAAUCACCAAGAGGAAAAAGAAGAAAAAGCAAGAAAGUUUGCAGGGGGCACCUUAUUACUUGAAAGAUGGAGAUACGAUUGGUGUUAAGAAUCUGCUGGUGGACGAUGACGAAGAUUUCAGUACAGUCAGAGACGACGUUGGGAAAGAAAAGCAGAAGCAGCUCGCCCUGGGGAAAAAGAAAAGCCAAGAAGCCCUUCGGGUGCAGAGCAGCAGCAUUCUCUCCAGUGCAGAGACACCUGGCCGGCCCCAGAGACCAGAAGCUUCUCUCUCCAUCCACGUCGGCAGUUUCAGAUAGCUCUGGCAGCCACCAGUGUACCUGCAGGCACCGCACCCGGCUGGUGCUGGUACCGGUACCGAAGCAGCUGCUGGCUCGGCACGGUCGGCAGCGAGCGCGAGGCCUUGGUGUUCCCGCCACAAACUCACCGCUCCCUCGAGCAGGCACGCCCUCCGGUCCUCGGCUUCCUCACGAGCCAACAGCAGCUUCAUCUCGGCAGGCAAGUGCACUUCACCACUGGGCCACACAGCGGGCCCCCGAGGGGGCUGGCACAGACCUGGCCACAUCUCACAGGUGCCGCUCAGACGCUGCCUCGCACCACACUUGACGCCAACUGCCAUUUUUAUAAGGACGGUCACUGGUUUUGCAUUACCUGCCGACACGGAUAGAACAGCACAUGCCAACCUCUGCCGAGUCUGCCGUUGAGAACGCACACUCUCCUCUGCCUUGCUCAGGUGACUUGUUUGGAGUCUGCACUAACCAGGGUCUGACAGCUCAGCUCACCGCUAGGCUGGCCAGGCCCAGGUGGUGACAACGGUUAGCUUGCUUUCUGGUCCCCACAGAGCACAUGUUCUCCCUUUGGUUUGAGUUAAAAUUGACUAAAGCAUGAGUUGUCACUAGAAUGAAGAGACAGACAGAACACCCUCUGAGGAGAGGGAAGCCCGAGGUGUUGUCUCGCCUGCUCGUGUGAGGUCAGGCAUUCUCACGGCUGUGGGCGUCCCAGCCGACAGGCCCGGAGCAGGUCCUGAGUGGCCUUGAUUAAAACAGGAAAAGGAAAUGUGAGCUAAAGUUUUUUUCCUCUUAAUUCAGCAUGGCCAGCUACCAGAUUUAAAGAUUUAAUUGGUAUUUAUGACAAACAUAGCAUGUCACUGACUUGGGACCCUGGGACAAUUCCCUUUCUCAAACUGUAACUCGGUGGAAAGCAGGAGUCCUGAGAAGACACUGUAAGUCCCUACCUUUGUCACCGCCACCCCUCACCCCUCGCUGAGACAGACCACACGCAGCUUUCUCAGCCUUUUAUCACCAGCUAUUAAAGUAGAACUUAAAUGUGAAGAGAUGGAGAAGAAUUAGAAAUGUGGGCAAGGUCAAGGCCGCAUUGCCCCCAGGCUGCCUCUGGGGGGCGACAGUGGCCCUGCUACUCCCUCUCCCCUCUGUCCUCCUUCGGCCCUGUCAGGACCAGCGUUAGAAACCGUGGCCCCAUCUGUUUCAGACUGUCGGGUCUCAGAGCAUCUCUUAAUUUGUAUGGAAGCAGUUGCGUGGUAAGAAGUUGGCCUUGGACCAGCGAGCCGCUUCCAGGUUCUCAGACGCUAACCCAGACACUAACCGUCUCGGCCUUCACAGGGUCCCACGGGCCCCGAGGGAACCAAAUCCGCAAGCCCCAGCGGCUCUUCUGUUCCUUUCACUUCAGCUGACAUGUGUCCUUGCUAUGCCCCUUCCUUUCACGUCGAGGUAAUAAAAUAUUAACGUAAUGACUGAAAAGCUUUGCCUUUGAGAAGCCAGAGGCCUCACUGCAUGUGAAGUAUCAAGCUGAGCACAGUGGACCAGCCCUGUUGUGUGCGUGGGCAGCGCCAGGCCCCUGGGGGGUCUCCGCUGGUUUGCUCUGCUCACUCCCGCUCCCUCUCUUCCCUCCAUUCGGGGAUGGAGUGGGGCUACAGGGAGUUUGUGAACCGACCAACCGUUCUUUCAGGGAAGCCUUGCUCCCACUCCCUGCUGACUGCUUCCAGUCCUUGGCCUCCCCCACCCCCCAGCAUACUUCAGACGCUAAAUAAACAUGGUUUAUAUUUAGAAA